GGGAGGUCAGGUAGUGAGGCGUGAGUGAGGCGUGAGUGAGGCGGCAACUGGGCAAGCGCGCAACCCAGAGCCAUGCCUUCCGAUAAAGGAAAGGGCCGCCUACGUAAGCUAAGACGACGAGGAGUGAGGCGAGGAACCGAAAAGCAGGAAGAUUCUGAAGCAAAUGACCCUGUGGAGAGUCAGCCUCCCAAGGAGCAGCCAAAAAACAUGAGUCCCGUCGUAGAGUCCAACAUAGCGGCCCUGCGCCACCCUGAGAAGAGGCCUCCCACCCGGCGGCAGCGGGCGGCCCGGCGCCAAUCUGAGCUCAGGACGUGGGCCUUCAGGGUCUUCUUGGUGUUAAUACUGUUCAUUUGGGGGCUGUUGCUGCUGAGCUGCUUUAAGUUUGGACUUACGGAAUCGGUAUCUCCAACUGAAGUUACCCCAGGGGAAGUUAAUGGCCAGUCUCUGAAAAAAACACUUAUGGAAAUCCUGUACAAGUUUUUCUUUCCAACAACCUGCACUGUAAAGGAGAACCAAGAGGUAAAGGCUUGCAACGGGCUGCUGAACCCUACUGAGUUGGAGUGUUUGACAUCCAAAUGCUGUUUUUCACCUGGGACCGGGACCUGCUUUAUCCCAUUAAUAAAUAAGCCUGUGCAGAUGAUCCGGCUAUUUGGGCUUUGUAUGAGCAGCUUGUUACUCCUGGGAAGUCUGCCCAUUUGUUGCUGCUGUCUUUGGCAGAGGAGCAAAUACGCCAAUUCUUUACGUAUGAAAAAUGAAAGAAUUUUGGAGGGUGUGAAGAAAGAAAGAGAGAAACUGAAGGGGGGUACCGAAGUGUCAGCAACAACAACAGAAGAAGAGGAUGGUAAUGAAGAUGAGAAGGAAAGUGAAGCAUUGCUUUCCCGUUGAGUUGAGUGCACACCUUCCAGAGCAGAGGAGACUGUCCCAGUUGUCCAAGCCCGACUGUUCAUUUUAGAAAGAUAGAAAUUUGUUGUUUUUGUCUUUACCCUCAAGUAUAAAAUAAAGUUCACAGUUCUGUUUUUAUGCACCAAA